AUGGUGCAGCUCCUCACGAAGACCAAGACAAGAUACGAUAACAGUUUGGCUUUCACGGAGGCUGUUUCGGUAUGCGAUCUCAAAAAGACGAAGCUGCUUGUCAAGAAGAACAGCCCGUCAGUCAUAGCUACAGCGCUGUUUGAUUCGCCGACGGAUUGCUCCGCGAUAUUGGAAGUUCUUGUGGAGCACAGCGACCAGGAAACGAUCCAGCGAGCGUUGAAGCAGGACAAGUUUGAUAAGCAGCCUCGAGUGUUGCGGUUGCUGCUGGCAAAGUGUGACCCGGAGGCCGACGACGCAGAAUUGGUUGAGCUGCUGCGAGACGUGUGCGAUGUGUCGAGCGUAGCGUUCGCAAUGGAGACGGCAGCAUUUGUGGACCAAACGCCAAUGAUCGGACUGCUGCGUGACAAGUGCGAUACGAGAGGCAAGCGCAAUGCGGCUGCAAGAGCCAAAGCUGCUGGCCACGAUGGCAUAGUGCAGUUGCUGAAAAGUAAAAGAGCUCGGGUGAAGUGA